AUGGCUGCCCUCAGACCUGCAGUGAAGCUCAACAUCUUCAAAAAGAAGACCAAGAAGUUCAUCUGGCACCAAUCAGACCACUGUGUCAAAAUUAAGCACAACUGGUGCAAACCAGGAGACACUGACAACAGGGUGUGGAGAAAAUUCAAGGACCAGAUUUUGAUGCCCAACAUUGGUUACAGGAGCAACAAGAAAAUGAAACACAUGCUGCUCAGUGGCUUCUGCAGGUUCCUGGUCCACAGUGUCAAGGAGCUGGAAGUGCUGCUGAUGUGCAACAAAUCUUACUGUGCUGAGAUUGUGCACAGCAUUUCCUCCAAGAACCGCAAAACCAUGAUAGAAAGAGCCGCGCAGCUGGCCAUCAGAGUCACCAAUCCCAAUGCCAGGCUGCACAGAGAAGAAAAUGAAUAG